GGAUAGAGGAGCAGCUCUUUCACAUGAGGAUCGAAAUUGCUGGAGACAUGGAUCAAUCAACCAACAGACCUGUUGAUCGAUUACAGCACAAGCUCUCCUCAAAGACUGUUAUGUUGACUGGAGGCCUUCUCAACUGAUUUAAUUUCCUGUCAAGCAACUGGAAGUCUGGUCUACUGAUUUAAAGAUCAUCAGAUUGGUUGGAGAAUGGGAAGCCUUGGUGAUUGAUUUGAAACCAAAUCUCAAGUCUGAUUAGAAGCCUGAUUGUGGGAUUGGAAGUCUAACUGGCCAGUUUUACCCUUGAUUGGAAGCCUGACUGAAAGCUCUUACUGAUUUGAUACCAAACUGACUCAUUUGACACUUGAUUGGUUGAGUUGGAUUGAAUGCCGGGAAUCCUAAUUUACUUAUUGGAAGUCUCUCAGCUUUGACACCUGAUUGGAAGCCCGAUCGACUAAUUGGAAGCCCAGUUCAUUGACUGGAAGCUGUGUUAGCUGAGAACGUUUUAUUGGCAUUAGGAUGAGUGGAGCAGGGGAGGUGGUGUGUGAGGGCUGGCUGCGAAAAUCACCACCAGAGAAAAAGCUACGCCGUUAUGUAGCUAGUAGGCACAUGUUUGUUAACUGCAAGGCUAGCUGUUACGCCUUUUCAAGUUUUAUACUCUGUGUUUCAGGUUAUGAGUCUCUUUACAUCCCUCAGUCACUGUCUGACAGAGCGAGCAUGUUUGAGUUCAGCGAGAGCUUCAGCAGUUACUUCUUUAAUAAAGGCAUGGUACCUCUGGGUAGCGUUUGCUCUGAAGAUGAUGAUGUGGACGAACACUACGUUCUCAUGAGCGCUGCCACCACUGAGCCUCCUGUUGCACCAAGGGUGCCUCCACCUCCUUCCUCUGACCCCUCUGUCCAGCUCCAGGAUGCCAACUACGUCCCAAUGACCCCCCUAACUCCCUCCCUUCCUAUUCAUCCCACGCCUGCCACAGGUGACCUGGCAUCCCUGGGGAGGCAAGUCCCCCCACCCGCCCACAUGGGUUUUCGUAACUCCCCCCUGACCCCCGUCACUCCACUCACCCCGCCUCUCCGGAGGAAUACCAUGAACACUGUCGGUGGAAAGGAGCCAGUCGAAGCCAUGCCCCCUCCGAUCCACCGCAACCUGAAACCACAUCGCAGAGUUAAACCACCUCCUCUAGACAUCAGUCCAGUGCAGCAGCACUGGCAGGAAGUCCCGCCUCCUAUACGCUCGCCUGUCACUCGAACCUUUACACGAGAUCCGUCCAGUCGUCGGACAGUCAGGCCGACCUCUGCCCACAGCUCGUCCCCCUCCUCCGAUUCUGAUGAACCCGAUGACAGCUACGUUGCUAUGACGUCCUCCGGCCUCAGUUUCAGUGCCGGGGAACAGUCUCUGAGGCUUAUGCUGCACAGGGCUUCAGAAGGCGGAGUCAGUAGCCCCUUGCUACGGCGAGCCAGAGGCAACAAACAGGUGGAGUACCUGGACCUGGACCUCCACACUGGGCGAUCGACACCAACAAGACAGAAACGCUGCACUGCAGAAGGCGGAAGCGGCAGCAAUGAGCAGGCUGAAGCAGGUGAGGAGCGAGCACGGGGCCAGCGUACACGUGUGGACUACGUGGUGGUGGACCCCAAAAGGACCAAGGCCCUGAGGAGCACCAGAGAAGCAUGGCAUGAUGGGAGGAUGUCUACGGAGAAGGAGAAAUGCUCUCUGAGGCUUAUGCUGCACAGGGCUUCAGAAGGCGGAGUCAGUAGCCCCUUGCUACGGCGAGCCAGAGGCAACAAACAGGUGGAGUACCUGGACCUGGACCUCCACACUGGGCGAUCGACACCAACAAGACAGAAACGCUGCACUGCAGAAGGCGGAAGCGGCAGCAAUGAGCAGGCUGAAGCAGGUGAGGAGCGAGCACGGGGCCAGCGUACACGUGUGGACUACGUGGUGGUGGACCCCAAAAGGACCAAGGCCCUGAGGAGCACCAGAGAAGCAUGGCAUGAUGGGAGGAUGUCUACGGAGAAGGAGAAAUGCUAGAAAUGCACACAGACAUAAUGUUUGAAGAAGCAUUUUAACCAGCACUGAGGUCAAGGACAAAAACAAGAGUUACUUUGCUUAAAAGUAGGCUACGUUUACUCCCAGAGAAAAGUAGUUACACCUUAAUUUCUUUAAAUCCUAAAAUGUUCAGUCUCAACUUACUUACUAGAGGUAAUCUGAUCUUAUUAAGGGUUUAUAAGUUGUAGCUAAUGCUUUAUCAAUGGUAACGAAGCAUUCUUGCAGCUACAUUUAAGCAAAUAAAAGCAAAUAAUUUAGUGAUAACUUGUCUUAUUAAGUGGCAUCAAGGAAUCUGCUACUUUGAAUUGGUGAAUUUUCCACUUUUAAUUUGUCAAUUGAAAAUGUCCAAAAGGUUGUAGCCAACCUGAAAAGGAAUAGUGACUUUCUUAUCUAGCCUUCAAUGGACCUGUCAAUUUAAAACUCAAAUCAUUGUUUGAUACAUGCGGAGACAACAAAAACAGAAAGGCCAGUAGUAACAGGUGAACGGCUGUAUUGAAACUCAAAGUGAACAGUCACAACAGAAAUAGCAACAGAAAGUUCUGUUUUUCACAUUGCUGCUACGAUCUACCAGCAGUCGACAAUUACUACUAAAUAUUAGUCGGUCCAUAUGUUAAUCUCCCCAUCCAUCCAUCCAUCCAUCGUCAACCGCUUAUCCUGCGUACAGGGUCGCGGGGGGCUGGAGUCAAUCCCAGCUGACAUCGGGUGAAAGGCCAGUCCAUCACAGGGCCCGUUAGUCUCCCAAAAUUGUAUUUCCUGCUGAAGUAGUGAAAAAUAUGGUGGACUGUGGGACGAAUCAAGAUGUGCUGAUGAUAUCAGUAUAAUGCGAUCAAUUUUUUAUGUAAUCAUUGAAUGAUUGAGUCAAAUCAAAUCUGUAAUGUUAGUGCUGAUUAAUUUCACUGAUUCUGUGAGGGAGGAAAGAUGUGAUUAUAGUAAUGACGGUCCAGCUGUGAAUAAACACUACACGUCA